GACAAGAUGAGAGCCUUGGUUUCUGCAGCCACGUUCCUCUGGGUGAUCGCGAUUCCCUGCACGGAAGCCAUCCACGGAAUGUAUAACUUUGGCCAGCACGAGUUAUUCUACAAAAAGAACCACUGCAAGCAAAUCCCGGCCAACCUCCUGCUGUGCCACGACAUCGAGUACACGGAGAUGCGCCUCCCGAACCUGCUCGGACACGAAACCAUGAACGAGGUUCUGCAGCAAGCCUCGUCCUGGAUCCCGCUGGUGCAGAAGCAAUGCCACCCGGACACAAGGAAGUUCCUGUGCUCCCUGUUCGCUCCCGUGUGCCUGGACGAGCUGGACGAGCCCAUCCAGCCGUGCAGGUCCCUGUGCGAGGCCGUGAAGCAGGGCUGCGCGCCGGUGAUGUCCGCGUUCGGGUUCCCCUGGCCCAAGAUGCUGGACUGCGACCGCUUCCCGCUGGACAACGACCUGUGCAUCCCCCCGGCAGGCAUCGACAACUUUGUGCCAGCCACCAAGGAGGUGCCCAGAGUCUGCGAUGCUUGCAAGGAAACGGACGAAAAUGACAACGAAAUUGUUGACAACCUGUGUAAGAAUGACUUUGCUCUGAAGAUCAAAGUGAAAGAGAUCUCCUACAUCAACGGCGACACCAAGAUAGUGCCGGAGACCAAGAGCAAGACCAUCUACAAGCUGAACGGCGUGACGGAGCACGACCUGAGGAAGACGGUGCUGUGGCUGAGGGACGGCCUGCAGUGCAUCUGCGAGGAGAUGAACGACAUCAAUGCCGCCUACCUGGUCAUGGGCCAGAAGAGGGACGGCCAUCUGGUCAUCACCUCGCUCAAGCGCUGGCAGAAGGGACAGCGCGAGUUCAAGAGGAUUUCACGCAGCAUCCGCAAGCUGCAGUGUUAG